GUCUUGGAGUCUCUUCGCCGAGGUGGCUGUGGAUCUGGUGCGGGAGUUGCCGCCGCCGUCCAAGUCCCCGCUGCCACCCAGCGCAUCCGCUCGCAGGAGCGCCGGCGGCCAGCGGCGCGCUCUGCAGCAUGUCGCUGAAUGCCUGGGAGUGGGAAGAGGACCCCGCAAGCAUAGAGCCCAUCUCCUCCAUCACCAGCUUUUACCAGUCCACGAGUGAGUGUGACGUGGAGGAACACCUCAAGGCCAAGGCCAGGGCCCGGGAGUCUGACUCUGACCGCCAGUGCAGCAGCACUGAGUCCUCAUCUGAGCCUGCCAGCACCUUCAGCUCCGACGUGCCCCACGUAGUCCCCUGCACAUUCACCAUCUCACUGGCCUUCCCUGUGAAUACGGGUCAUAAGGGAAAAUAUGCAAGUUUGAUUGAAAAAUAUAAGAAGCACCCUAAAACAGACAGUUGUAUUUCAAAGUUACGUCGUUUUUACCACAUCGAGUAUUUCCUUCUGCCGGACGAUGGAGAACCUAAAAAAGUUGACAUAUUGCUAUUUCCAAUGGUGGCCAAAGUGUUCCUGGAGUCAGGAGUAAAGACUGUGAAGCCGUGGCAUGAAGGUGACAAAGCCUGGGUGUCGUGGGAGCAGACUUUUAAUAUCAAUGUGACAAAGGAAUUAUUAAAGAAAAUAAAUUUCCACAAAAUCACCUUGAGGCUCUGGAACUCUAAAGACAAGAUGUCAAGAAAAGUCAGAUAUUACCGAUUAAAGACUGCCGGCUUCACAGACGACGUGGGAGCUUUUCAUAAGUCAGAAGUGAGACAUUUGGUUUUAAAUCAGAGAAAAUUCUCUGAACAGGGCAUUGAGAAUGCCAACAUUGUCAAAGAAGAGUCGAAUCAGGAAUAUCCACCAGGAAAACAAGAAAAAGUAGAAAAACACCCAAAGUCUUUGCAAGGUUCUCACCAAGCAGAGCCCGAAAAUUCUUCCAAGAACAGUGAGGAAUAUGAGAAGUCCCCCAAAACGGACGAUUCUUCCACGGUUCAAUGGAGUGUUUCAAGAACACCAACCAUUUCUUUGGCAGGAGCAAGCAUGAUGGAGAUCAAGGAAUUAAUUGAGAGUGAAUCACUUAGCAGCUUAACAAACAUAUUAGACAGACAAAGGUCUCAAAUUAAAGGAAAAGAUUCAGAGGGAAAAAAGAAAAUCCAGAGGAGACAUAAGAAGCCCCCUGCAGAAGAAGAGGCAGACCCCACGCUGACAGGCCUAAGGAAGCAGAGCGCUUUCUCCAUCCAACUGGCCGUCAUGCCGCUCCUUGCCGGAUGGCAAACUGUCAUGAGUCGUGGCAGUGAGAAGUCUGCCAACAUUUUAGAUUGCCUUUUGACUUUAAAAACAGAAGUUCCAAUCAUGACCGAGGAGCAAAAGCAGGAUUUAAAUCCCCUGACCAUAAAGAUCAAGUGUGCUUCCUGCCUUCCGUCACAGCCUGUGCCCAUUCAGGAACUAGAGAGGCUGUGCAUGCCCGUGUACUGCAAGUACCAGUUCCAUAAGACUCCAGUUCACAAGACCAAGGGGGAGCCCCAUGGAACCCACGUUUAUUUCCAGGACAUCAACGUCAUCUUCCUGGGGGCGCUGCAUCCCAGUGACCUAAGAGAAUACCUGGAGGGUCCCCCCAUGGUGGUGGAAGUUCAUGACCGGGACCGCAAGUCAGAGGAGUUUUCUCAGAAGCCCGUGCUGUUUGGGGAGGACCCCCUGGAUUCAUACCUCAACUUCCGGGCCCUCAUCUCUCCCAGAGAGACAGAGAACAACCCCUUUGAGUCCCAGAACAAGAUGUGGUACCCUUAUGGGAUCGCCCAGGUCAGUUUUGCUGACCUCCUCCUUGGCCACAAGUAUUUGAACCUGGCCGUCCCCAUCCACAGCUGUGAGGUUCAGCCCACACACUGCAGCCAGGACAGCAGGAGAAGGAUGGCUGUGGGGCUUGGGGUCCCCAGAGAUGGCCACCAGCAUGGCCCAAUGCCCAUGGGCAACUACCUAGAGGCUGACUCCCAGCUCAAGUUGCGAGUGGACAUCGCGGUGCCACUGAGGGCCGGGGCCAGAGCUGCCAAUCCCGACCUCGGGGGCUCCCAGUUUGGCCGCAUCAUCUUCGUCUUUGACUUUAAGAAGGUCUCCCUGCUCCACAGCCUGCUGCAGGACAUCACUAUGAUCAACGCUAAGGCCCUCGGCCUGGACUCCUACCCCGUCAGGACCCUGCAGCAGAUCCUGUCGGCCUUCAAGAUGCGUGUGCGGGUCCAGGAGCAGCAGUACCUGGAUGUACUCACCGGCUUCCACCUGCUGGACGGGAAGACCCACCUUUUCAUCCUGGAAGGCCUGGCCAACCAAGGCUUGAGGCAGCUGUGGGAGAACCACCAAAGCUGGAUUCCCAGGUCAGAACACGGGAAAUACAAGGUGCUGUACAACUCGCAGCUACUGUUCCGCAGCCGGCUCUAUGGGGACCUGGAGGCCAUCCUGUACCAUGUGCACCUCUUCCAGCCCACGGAGCUGCUGCUGCAGCAGGCGGUGCUUUUCCUGCGAGACACUGAGUGGAGGCGGGUCUUCCAGGCACUGACCAGGAUCCACGACAUCUGCUAUAACAGCACCACUCUCUGGGACGUGAUGGUGAGGAACCUGCUGCCCUCCUCUGCUAUGAUCAAAGACUUGAGCCAAGAGUUUGGGAUGCCCCUUUCGCAAGAAGAACUCACAGAUGAGAAACUGUUCGCCCUACCACCUCAGCCUGCCCCCAAUCUUGAGGACUACCACGGUCGGGACUCCAGCCUCACCUUAGAGAUCCACGCCCACCAGGAGAAGUACCUGCAGUGGCGGAGCGCCAUGCUACUGAAGAACAAAGACAAAAAGCACAGUUUCAUCCAGAAAAACAUCACAGAAGCCUACCAGGUCAGCAAGAAGCCUCCAAAGUCUGUGGCCAAGGUGAUUAAAAUUUCAGCCCCUGCCAACAAGGCCGUCUACAACUAUAGUAUCCAGACCAUGAAUUCUACAGAGCUUGCCAAGCAGCAGCUGUAUCAAGAGAUGGCCAAGGAGCCAAGAAAGAGAUUCACAUACUCACAGGAUUACCUCUCAGCCAUGGUGGAGCCCCUGGACUUGAAGGAAGAGGAGAAGAAAGCCCAGAAGAAAUCCCGCCAAGCCUGGCUCACAGCCAGGGGAUUCCAAGUGAUAGGUCUUCAGAGCGACACUGAAGGCAGCUUUCAGGAUCUCAAGCUGCCACCCAUCAAAGAGCAGAAUGAGGAGUGGAAGGAAAACUCCCUGUUUGCUAACGUACUGGAGCCUGUGUUGGAUCGAGACCGGUGGAGCUGGGACAGGCACCACGUGGACUUUGAUCUGUACAAGAAGCCACCACCUUUCCUCAAGCUGCCCCCUUCACCUGCACCAACUCCUGUAACAGGCAGGAAGAAGAAAAGGAACGGCCCCAUCUCCUGAACAGCACAGACCCUCCCACAGUCACCGCAUGGUGAACUUGCACAGCCUCCCCCACAGCCUCUCCCUGCAGGACCUGUGGAUACCCCCUCAACUGGCCCAGCCCUCCCCCACACCCGCCCACACCCUCCUCAACAAUUAACUUCAUUAAAGUACAGCAGGACAGAUGCCAGCAGCCAGGCCCUGUGUGAGGCU